UAAUAUGAGUUCUGUUGAAAAGCUGAAUAUACCUUCAUUGUAAAUUCUCUACUAUUAACAAUACACGCUCACUGUCAAAAGCAUUUCUUUUCCUUUAUUUAUAGCUCUAACAACAUACAAGUUAGACAUCAUUUCCUGUUUACUUAUGAGGUGAUAUACAAGAGACUGAAAGAGACAUACAUAUUCCAAAUCCAGUAAAGAUUCUUCUGGUUUGUUGUUUAACGUUGUUUUAAAUAUUGUUUUUGAUAGAUUAUAGUUAAUUUUUUAAUAGUAUAUAGAAAUAUAGAGUAAUUUAAGUGUAUUUACUUAGCUUAAACGAUUAGAUAUUCUUAUAGAAGGGUUCUCCCUUGAAGGAUCAUUCCUCACGUAAGGGGUCGAAUGAGCUAAUAAUUUCUGCGACUCGAUAAUCAAUUAUUAGAUGUUGUUUGGGACUUGGAAGCCCAUUUCAUUUUCAUCAUAUUUAAAAAUUUAAUACAUUUCACCCAAUAGAUAUUAUCAUCAUUCGUUUAACGCUACCAGAAUUUCUGUAGAAUAUGCCAAAGCACGUAAAGGAAGGGAAAUGAAUCGAAGAAUUGUACAGAUUAUAUUAUCUAAAUGGUUCGAAAUUUUGGGGAGAACGGUUAGUCGAUAUCCAGCUUACUUUAUUAUUAUACCUGUACUAAUCACGUUAAUUCUUUUUCCCGGGUGCCUGAAUUUCAAAGAAAUUACAGAUAUUGACUAUUUAUUUGUCGCUGAAAACGGAGAAUUUGUGAAAACUAAAGAAAAAGUAGAAAAAUUAUUUCCCUUGAACAUGUCCGAAUGCGCCGAUAUUCCAAGAAUAACGCAUCGCUUAAAGAGUCCAAGUGUAUACGUGUUAGGUAUCGAUACAGAAAACAUGCUGCAAGAAAAUAUUUUGAAAGAAAUUAAAAUGUUAGAUAUUAUCGUGAAAAACUUGACCGUUAAGAAGAAUGAAUUGGAUAUUGGAUACGAAGAAUUUUGCGGUAUAAUCAAUGGAAGAUGCUUCGUAAAUCCCAUUUUAAAUGUAAUUUCUAAGUUGGAAAAACGUGUUUCUAACUGGAACAAAAUUAAAUAUCCAAUUGAUAUAGAUCCCGUAACGUUUUCGUACGAAGCUUAUGGCAUUAAUUUAGGUGGAGUUACUGUUGAUGAUGGUGAUUAUGUUAAAAAUGUACGUGCAUUAAGGCUGGUGUAUUUGAUGGACGAAACAGAUCCAGAGAAGAUAGUAUCGAUAGAAAAAUGGACGAAAUCAGUGUUUAAGAAAUUAUCUGAAGUAAAGUUUAAGAAUAUUCGAGUAAUUCCUGAUUUUAUAAACCUCGUGGAUGGUUCUUAUUUAUUAUAUAUAAAAGGCAUAACGCCUUUCAUAGCAGUGUCAAUAAUAUUAAUAAUGAUUUUUUCUGCGAUAUCGUUCCUUACUAAUAGUUGGAAAAGAAGUAAACCUUGGCUAGGAAUUUCGUCUUGCAUAUCAGCUGGAUUGGCCAUUUGCUCUUCAUUUGGAUUUGCUUCUUAUUGCGGUCUGGAGUAUUCAGCCACCAAUAUUACAAUUCCAUUUUUAGUUAUAGCAACCGAAAUUGACGAUUCCUGUAUUUUACUGGCCUCUUGGAGAUCAACCGAUUUUAUGAAAAGUGUGGAAAAACGAUUGUCAAAAACAUAUUCUGAAGCUGCAGUUUCCAUCACUCUGACGUCUUUAACAAAUUUCAUAUCUUAUUGCAUUGGAAUGACUACCCCGUUUCCCAUCGUUAGAAUAUUCUGCACAUAUGCAGCAAUUUCCAUCUUAUUUACAUUCUUGUACCAAAUCACAUUUUUCGGAGGAUGCAUUGCAAUAAGUGGGUUUCGAGAAUAUAACAUCAUGCAAAAAUCACCAGAUUACAAGGAAAUAGGUAUUAAAAGUAAUUCUCAAGAAGAUAUAUUUAAAGAAGAAAUCUGCAUGAAAUUUUUUCGGGAUCUAAUUGAUAAAAUUCUUUCUUCGACAUCAGCCAAAAUUAUUAUUAUCCUCCUUUAUUUCACUAAUUUGGGAAUUGGAAUAUGGGGAAUUUUUCAUCUAGUUGAAGGUUUUGAUAUUUCUAAAGUCUUUCCUGUCGAUUAUUCAACUGAAAGUAUUGGUGUGUAUUAUAAAUACUUUACUCAAUUUUCUUUGCCAAUUCAAAUUAUAAUAGAAGAACCUCUAAACUAUGCUGACCCCCAAGUUCAACAAUCCAUCGACAAAUUAAUUCAUAAAAUGGAAUCUCAUCCGCACAUUUCUUCAGAUUUAACUGUUUGGUGGCUUAAAUACUACAAUGUCUUUUUGAAUCACGAUAUUGCUAAGUUUUCUUUGAAGGGAUAUAACAUAUCAUUAAAACAAGAUUUUAUCGAUGGUUUACGCAAUGUAUUCUUUCGUUUUAAAAGUGCUUAUCCAUUUAGAUACGAUGUUAAAUUCAAUAAAAAUGGAACCAAAAUCGUUUCUAGUAGAAUUAUUUUCAUAUCGAAAAAUGUCACAAAUAGAAUAGAAGAAAUAAAAUUAAUGAAAGAUGUUAAUAAAAUCGUAAAAGAUUCUAAGCUUUCUGUAAAAGUAUUUUCAUUAUUUGAGAAUGUAGUGGAACAAGCUACCAUAAUUCGUUCUAUAAUUUUUCAACUGAUAUGGGUCACAAUUCUAAUAAUUAUUAUCCUAUUUUAUAUAUUUAUUCCUUAUAUAAUUUGUACAAUUCUUGUAUCCAUUUCUGUAGUAAGUUCUGUUGCUGAAACAAUUGGAUUAAUGGCAUUUUGGGAUAUUAACCUCGAUAUUAUAUCAACGAUGAUUCUAGUACUCUGCUUUGGUUUUUGCAUUAAUUAUCCAAGUCACAUUGUUUUUGCCUUUUCUAAUUACACAAAGAAAAGCGAUAACUUAGGAGAAAAAUUAAGCUUUUGUGCAUAUUUAGUUGGAUUUCCAAUAUUUCAGGGUUCUUUAUCGACAAUUGUAGGAGUUUGUGUAUUUUUGUUCAGUCCUAUGUACGUUUUCAUUACUUUUUUUAAAAUAGUCUUUAUUAUAGUUAUGCAAACAGCCUUUCAUUCAAUGUUUUUUAUUCCAGUUUCUAUAGAUUUUUUAAAUAAAGCUUGUUGUCUUAACAAAAAAGCUGAUAAAAACCCUUCAUCUCAGGUAAAUGGCAAAAUAUAAAAUACAGUACUACUUUGUAUUUAACGUUUGUUAAUAUUAUAGAUAUAAUAAAUAAACGUUCAUUAUAUCAUUGAUCUAAUAUACUUAGGCCUAUAUAAAUGAAAAAGUUUAUUGUAAGCUUAAAUAAUACAAUAAUACUUAAAAGGACCGGAUCAAUAAAAGUCUGGGGCUAAGUAUUCAGACAUUCCUGGAUAAUCAAUUCCCAUUUCUUAAGGAUUUAACAGUCUUGUAAAGAACAUGCUUAUUAUUAUUAUUAUAUGAUAAAAUAAAAGUAGAAUUAUUUUAAAUGAGAAGAAAAAAAGGCGCCGUUAUGAGUCAUUUCUGUCUUGGAACUUAUGCAGUUGCAUAUUUUUCUUAAUGAUUAAUCCAGCCCUGUUAUUUAACUGAUGAUAGAUUGUUUAUUUAUUUGUUUACUACUUUUAAAUGUUAAUUUUAAUCGUACGUUUUAAAUUUUUGCAAAAAGUUGCAAUUAGAAAUCAGGAUAAUGAAAUUCAAGAAAAAUUAAGAUGUUUUGUUUUAAAUUAAAAACCGUCGAAGUAUAAUAAUAUGUCUAUGGUUAUCGUGCUUAACUGACGUUAAGAAUGAUAUUUCAAUUUCUUAAAAUAAAUAUAAAACAAAUUCGAUAUCGUAAGAUAAAGAAAUGUGAAAUUCAUCAUACAUUGUAAGAUAUUUAAAAAGAGAUAGACAAAUAAAUAGAUUUUAUGUUUGAAUUAUAAAACAGUUUAAAUAAUCUUUAGAUAUUUAC